AUGGGCGACUGCCACGAGGUCCCAACAAGCACUGCGGCUGCUUGCGGUCUGACGUACGCUGCGCAUCUGCACUGCGCGUCAGGCGCCGUUGAUGCAAUGGCGACAACGAGUGUGCUCGUCACGUACAAAAGCACUCCGAUCAAGUCGCUGCGUUUUCGACCAGCGUCGCUGCGUCUCUCGCAACGAGCGCUGCACGCGGCGUCAAGCGUUACGGACGACGCGUCGGCAAUCGCCUUUCUCAACGACUUUGGAUCGCACGUCUUGUGCGGUGAUGUCCACUUUGGCGGCGUCUUGUUUCACGUCGUCGAGGUGUCGGUGGCGCAGGCAACGCCGAUCAGUGUCUUGCGAGCCGCUUGCGAUACCGCGGCCACAAAGUGUCUCUCGGUGCCGUACAGUACCAUGGCUUAUGGUUUCGGCGUCGAUGUGUACGCCGGUACACUGGGCUCGAAUGGUCGAGAGCAGCCAUGCGAGAUCACGACGAGCUUCGAAACGACUGGCGUCCCCGCCGCGAGUUUUGUCCUCUAUUGCGCGCUCUUGGCAGCCAACAACGACCUGUGGACGAUGGUCGACCGCCCAGUCUCGUCGCCCGUCGCCGUGUGGGACCUCGUGGCCGCGCAUGACGGCACGCACGACGCGGUGAGCCUCGUGCGCGACGCCUGGAUCAAGCUCGCGUCGACCUAUCCAAGCCCGGUGGUGUCGGCGGCUCUCUUGCGCGCCCGCAUCGAUGCGUGGUACACUGCUCACCGCGCGUACGCACGGGCGCCGACGAUGACCAGCUUUGCAACCGCUAAAGACGCCGCCAGCGUGAUCGCCGACGACGCCGAGGCUGUCGAUAGCGCUGGUGAAAUGGCGCGCCUCGUUGCUUCGCUUUUGGAAUACGACACGGUCUUCGACCUCGAUACUACGGCCCACUGCAUGCGCCGACCGGCCGUUCAAAAGCGGCUUUCCGACCUCGUGACCUCCGGCAAACCGCUGCAACCGCUGGAUACGCUCUACGAUCAGAUUCUCAAGGCAUUCUUGGCAAAGGCAGCGCCGCCAGUGCGCCUCGCGGGGGACGUGGAUACCGCACUGUCGCGGUCGGUGCUUCUGGCAGCCAUCGUCGCCGACAUUCAGCACACCGACGCCCUCGCGUGGCAGCCUCCGGCCAUGGCGACCGUCGACGUGCCCUACGCUCUCGAAGCGAUCGCAUCGACCUUAUUUGUGGCGCCGACCCCCGACACGACCCGCGUGAUGGCACUCUGCCACACACUCUUUGCCGCGAGCGGCUGCGACGCCUAUUGGAAAGUCGCAACCAAGUACGGCUGGUCGUUGGAAGGCGGCUUUGCCUACGAGCUCCAGAAGGACCAUGUGGACGCUAUGGUCGGCGCGAUGCACGAGGCGUACGUCGAGGAUCCCUACGCAACGGACUCGGACGACGACGAACCGCCGAGCGAGGAUCUUCCAGCGCUCGUGUGGUUUGUCCUGAAGCACCGUCUCAGCUUUAAAGAGGAGAUCUACGCGGGCAACACGACGAAAGGCGCCGCACGCACAACGCGCCAAGGCAAGUCCGUCAAGCAGUUUUCCCAGAGCACUGUAGUUUUGAACGCUCUCGAGUCGUUCACUGCGUCGCUGACACCAGGCGCUCGUGUCGAGGUCUUUCGCGCUCUUCUCGACCAGCAGUAUCUUGUGCCGUGCAUUUUGUCGACGGCACGUGCGUUUCGGCGCCUGGUGAGCGUCCUGGAGCUCGUUGAGACCGAGACGACUGCCGGAGUCCAGUGCGUUGCCAAGAAUACGACAGCGACCCGCGUCGCCGUCAUCUCGAAUCGGCCGAUGCGCUGCAGCGUAACGCACAACUGGAUCAAAAACGUGUUCCACGUCAACUCGGCACACUGCCUCGAUCGCAGCCUUGGCAACAGCUUUACAGAGCAUGCAACGGUUGCGGAGCUCGGCUGGGGCUUUGUCGAAUCCAACUCCUCUCUCUGCACCACGGUCAUGGUCCUCCACAUUGUCGGCGUCUGCAGCACUCAGCUUUGUCGGUUCGUCGAGUCGUUUGCCGACGUCGUCGUCGUCGACGGGGCGGUUAGCCCUCUGACAUCGCACCCGCGCACGUUUUGCUGGCAAGAUGUACGCGGCGACGAUGAAGAGGACUAUGAAUCGAAUGCUGGCGAUAACCCAGUGCUCCUCCGCUGUCCGCUCCACUUGUUCCACCAGAAAAUCGCCGACCACAUCUGCCGCACCGGAUCAGCAGUAUCAAACGCUAUGGUGCGGGUUCCCGUCGCCCAGCUGCCAUUUGGCCCCGAAGACGUCGUCUUGAGCAUGCGCACGACUGUCGCGGACGAAGUGUUUGCAGCGACAGACUUGUCGACGUUGCGCUCGUCAACUCUGAAGCUUCAGACGCUCUUUGCAGAAGAGUCGACGCUCCAGCUCCGCCUGCAGCGUCAGACACUGGCGCCAGACCACCAGCUGCUCCAGUGCGAGAUCGACAAGCUGCAGCUACAGUAUGUCGACCUCGUCGCCCCCGUUGCGACGCAUGCACUCGCCCAGUAUUUCGUCAAUGUGCUACUGCAGCCAACUGUAGCGCAGCGAGAGAUACUUUUCUUGGACCUCGAACACCGACUCUCGAAAAGCUGCGAGGGUGGCGCUGCGAAAGCAUUGACCCGAGUCGAGCAUCUUUGGCGCGAGCUCUCGCACCUUUUUGCAAUCCACCCAAGUACGUUUGUGGAGCUGCCGUCACUGGCAGCGCAGCAUUUGGUGGAUGGUUUUCCGCUGGAGCUCAUGGACGGCGACGCGGCCAGCGUCAACACGUUUUGGAUCAAGGCGGUACUGCGCGCGCUCAGCGACCUGCUUCCGCGUGGCGCCCGUGUCUUUGUGCUUUCGGUCUCGGGGAUUCAGUCGUCGGGCAAGUCGACGCUACUGAAUUACAUGUUUGGCGUUCGCCUGCGCACGGACGUCGCGCAAUGCACGACCGGCAUCAACCUCCAGCUGCUCGCGUGCGAAGGCUGCGCGUCGUAUGAGUACGUGCUGCUGCUCGACACGGAAGGCCUCCGGUCGCCCGAGCGCCUCCGCAUGCCCGACGGUGUAUGGCGCGACAACCGCAUGGCGACUCUGUCGGUCUUGCCGGCGGACGCGGCCAUUGUGCUGACGAAAGGCGAGUCGACCACCACGACCAACGACGUUCUCUCGAUUGUGCACUCUGUCUUUGUCAACUCGGGACUUGUGGAAGCGCACACGGGCCACGUCGCGACGAAGAUCUACUUUGCUUUUAGCCAGAUUGACGUUUCCGACACGAAGAAGAUGACGACAAGCAUCUCGGAGCUCCUCAAGAGCCUUCAAGAGAGAGCUGCAGACAUUCAGGAGCUCCGAGGUACCCCGCUGGCUGCCGAGACGGGACUCCUUCGCAACUUCAAGGUCGACAAGGAUGAUGAGACGCAGAGCGACGUGCGCUUUUUCGGCACGGCGGAUGCGCUGAGCUCGCCGCUCAAGCCCAACGACUUCAGCAAACGCGUAUUGCGCUUUCGCGACUAUAUUCAAGCGCAAGCGACCGACGGAAAACGGGAGGUCCGCACGGUGGCCGAGAUCAUGGACGACCUGGAUCUCGUCUGGCACUGCAUUGGCAGUGCCAACUUCGAGUUGGACUUUAAGUCGGUCCACGAGCGCCUUGUCUACGACACGCUCGUCAAGUCCAUGAACGACCACACGUGCAAACUGGCCGCAGCGUAUGCGACGGCGGUUGACAAGACGCUCCAGUUGAUGGUCACGUACUGCACUGGCAACUUGGAGCACCUCGCGCCCGAGUGCAGCACGUUCCAGAAGUUCAUGGAGGACCAAGUCAAAGCUGAUGUGCUCCGGGAAAGCGAAUCGUUCACAGCAGCACUGUCGCUGCCCAAGUACGCCAAGUGGUCUGAUAUGGGUCGUGACUGGGGCCACACCAAGAGCGCCCAUCUGAAGCACGCGCGCCGCCUCGUCCGCGCCAAGUUUGAUCAUCUCUUCCUGCACGAAACGCACGUCCAGCGCUACAAGGAUACAUUGCUCAAGCAGAUUUUGGCGCUCCGAGACGACCCGCAACGAUCUAUGCGCGACUUUGACGAGCUCUUUCGCGGGGUUUUGGCAGACGUGCGCGCCAAGGAUGCGCCACUUGCCGGAAAAGUCCGUCGGCUUACGAUAGAGACGCUGCACACAAGCAACAUCUUUACGAUCGACGAGCUCAACAUGGUUGAAACCUCUGGACUCGUGCUGCGGGACGGGGCGUCACUUGCAGAUUGUUUUUCUCGCGCCCCCAACGUGUCGGCGGCAGACCAGGUUGCGGACAGUAUUGCCGAUCAGGUGCGAAGUCGCCUCGCCAAUGUCGACCAAUACUCGCCCGGCGUUGUCACAGAAGUGGCUCGCGACCUCCAGGAGCAACUGAGCCACAUGGCGCCAGCUGACAAGGCCGUUGGCCUCAGCAGCCUCAUCUCGACGCUCGGCUUGGAGCUCGCUGAGAUCCAAGCCAAAUGGGACGAAACGAACAGCAUCGUGGCGUGCGUUGCAGCUUGCGAGGGGACGAUGCGGCAGUUUGCUCAAGACGUUUGCAACGGUUUUCAGGCCGCAGAUCUGCUCGCGCGCACGCUCCAGACGUGGCUCAAAGACCAGCUACCGAAGGCGUUUGAGGAAGAGCUCGUGAGCCACGUGUCGGUCUCGCUCCAGAGCGCGCCUUGGGUUCUCGACGCGGAAGCAAUGCAAGCCGAGCUCGACUUAGCUCUACUCCAAGCUAUCCGACGCCGCGACGUAAAGCUCAUUCUCGACCGAAUCGACAACCCGGUGACGCACACGACGGAGGUCAUGACGAGACUUAUCGCCGUGGCAGUCCAGCAGUGCUUUGUUCAAGUCUCUAACAACUUGGUCGCCCGCGUCCAAUCUGCUCUCGAGCAGGCCGCGGGUGUCGCUGCUGAGGCCAAGAGCCAACGUGGCGCUGCGUUCCUCGCCGAGUUGCGCGCUGCUCUCAUGAGCAAUCUCAAGCGCCGCGGUACAAGCUGCCUUAUCGAGAGCCUUCCACGACCCUGCAGCGAUGUCUUCAACUGCAACGACCAGGAACCGCACCUAUUCGACUCGGCCGAUGCGAUCGUGCCCCGCCGACUUUUGCAGACUCUGAUGACGUGCAAGCGCCUCCUCCGUCCGUCGAACCAAGUCAGCGCUUCGAUUGCGACGUCAGUCCGGCAGCACAUCCAGGAUGAGUCGUUUGGCAGUGCCAACGGCGUCAUGCCGCGCUGCGGGAAGCCGUGUCCGAUGUGCAAGUGCCCGUGCACGAAGGCGCUCGGCCACGUAUCGAGCGAGGACCGAAGCCACGACACGCAUCACCAGCCCCAAGGUCUCGUCGGUACGUACGAGUACGAGCCGCUGCACUACCUCGUCGUCGACAGCUGCCCCACAAGUGUGGAAAAGGACGCCGACAUUGUGUUUCGGGACGGCACCCGGCACCGGUACCGCGAGUUCGACAAGGCGUUUCCCGAUUGGGCAAUUCCGCGCGUAACGCAGCCGCUGCCUCUGCGCGAGUACAUUUUUGCCAAGUACCAAAAGCAGCUCGCGAUCAAGUUCAAGCGCCCCGCAAGUAUUGACAUCCCGCCGUCGUACCGCCAUGACCUCCGCAACCUCGAGCGCCAGAUUAGCUAUGUCGCGCGGCCAGCGCAGAUCCUCGGGACCUCGAGACCCGCAACGCGACAAGCGACGCGCCGCGAACGGUCGUCGUAAGGAUGGACUGCACAUUGGAUAAAAGUUUGCCAAAAGAAAGAUCCCAAGAUCGCC